GCGAGGGAGGAGCUGACCCGGAAUCGCUGGGGAGGGGUGGCGGCGGUGGCGCGACGCUCACCUUGGUGAGCAGAGGCGCGGGCUGCGGGCGCGAUGGUCUUCCUCACGGCGCAGCUCUGGCUGCGGAACCGCGUCACCGACCGCUACUGGCGGGUCCAGGAGGUGCUGAAGCACGCGCGGCACUUCCGGGGGAGGAAGAAUCGGUGCUACCGGCUGGCAGUCAGGGCUGUGACGCGAGCGUUCGUGCAGUGCACCCGAGCCCGCAGGUUGAAGAAGAGGAACCUGCGGACGCUCUGGAUCAGUCGAGUUACAGCUGCUUCCCAGGAACACGGCCUGAAGUACCCAGCAUUCAUCCUCAACUUGAUUAAGUGCCAGGUGGAGCUCAACAGGAAAGUACUUGCAGAUCUAGCCAUCUACGAACCAAAGACUUUUAAAUCUUUGGCUGCUUUGGCCAAAAGGAGGCGACAGGAAGGAUUUGCUGCUGCCUUGGGGGACGGGAAGGAGCCCGAAGGCAUUUUUUCCAGGGUGGUACAGCACCUCUGAGGGGGAUGCUGACACCCACUGCCCUUUGAGGCGGAGCAUCUUAGGAAAAGUUUUUUUUUUCCCUCAUGUGAUGAUUAUACUAAAAUAGGGACUAAGAGUUAUUUGUCAACAGUGAGUAAGUUUGAUUUGCAUUUGUGUUAAUUUACAUUUCAGUAACAGGCCUGAGAGAAAAGGCCUUAUCUUGCCUCUUUUGGCACGGGUUCAGAAAUCUCACAUGGAUUGUGUAAAUAAAGUUUGUGUGGAACGCAAA